CAAACGAAAGCCGGUGUGAGGGAUGAGCUCUGGUUGAGGAGCAGUGGGACAGCACAGAUCGGCCAGUGAGGAGAGGCAACAGGAACCCAGGAAGGCACCAAUCCAGGAGCUCCUAGGAGCCAAAACAUUUCUCUGAGUGUCGGAAAUCCCGCCAUUCAACAGCCAGGAUGGCUCGGGAUAUGUCAGAUAAGGAAAUCCUAAAAAUGGAGCUGGAACAGUUGAAGAAGGAAGUCAGCACACCUAGAACACCUGUGAGUGCAAACUGUGCAGAAACAAUUGCUUUUGUUGAAGGACAGAUGCCAAAUGAUCCGCUGAUUAAAGGCGUUCCAGACGACAAGAACCCUUACAAGGGAGACAAAGGAGGCUGCGUCGUAACAUAGCACACAGGCAUCUGAGGAGGAAUUCACAUUUCUGUCAGAGUUGGUUUCUUUGUAGGGAUUUUUCUGAUUUAAAUGUAUAAAUAAAUGAAACAGAGGACGGUUGCAGUGUUUUCUAUCAGCUCUGUGGUAGUCAGCAUGAAAAUGGGUAACUUGUAAAUAAAUACAAAUAGAUGUAAA